AUGGAUAAUAAUCAUGAUCAUGUCAAUGCAAGCACUAGCAAAAUAGUCGAAGGUCUGUACAGUUAUGAUUACUGGAAUCCACUAAACUCUCACAUUGCAUCAUAUAUCAAAUCCCCUAUUCAGUUGAGCUAUAUCAAUUCGAAAGCAUCAACAAUCGGCCGUUCAUUACGUCAUGCUAUUGUCGACCUACUUGAUCAUAUCUUGCGGGAACCUAACGAAUAUGAAGAAAACGAUACUACUGUAAUUGGUACUGAACAUCGCGUGUAUCAUACCCGCCGUUAUACAUUCAAACCAAAUCAUGAUGAACGGCAGAACUCUGAAGCACCAUCAAUCGAUAAAAUUGAGUUAGAUAUCAGUUCGUUAGCUCCUACUGUUUUCUAUCAAAUACGUGACGAUAUUGGUGUACCAAAUCGAACUUUUCGUCAAUCAUUUUCUGAGCAUCAUUUCAAAGAUUUUACCAAUCCAGGUAAAAGCGGUUCAUUAAUGUAUAAGACAUUUGAUGAAUUAUUUAUCUUGAAAACUCUUCGUGAAUACGAAGCACGCUUACUAAUGCAGAUUCUAGGUGGCUAUCAUUUGCAAUUAAAUCAACGUCCAACGAUAUUGAAUCGUUAUGUUGGUUUGUACUCCAUACGCUUUCCAACAUCGAUAUCGACGACUGAAACUUACAUUGCAAUUAUGGUCAAUGCAUUUACACCAUCAUUGCAAGUCAACGAAAUCUUUGAUCUUAAAGGUUCGACAAUGAAAAGAAAAAUAGCUGGACUGUUAUCCGUCGAUAAAUUACAUCAAUUGAAAGAUCUCGAUUUCACAGAUUUAUACCCCGAUGGAAUACGUAUACCUUCCAGUGUUUAUCACCGGCUGCAUUUGGUAGUAUCCAAUGAUGUGAAAGUUUUGAAAAAGCUUCGAAUAACGGAUUUUUCCUUGAUAUUAGGUAUUAGACAUUUAGAUAUGACAAACGAUGAUCUUAUACAGCAACGGCCCGCAGCAGGCAUAGGAGCUCUUCUCCAUAUGAGCCAGAGAUUCGCAUUGAUGCCAGUCAUUAAACAUCGCCUUUUUAGCUUACCGUCGAAUUCUCUAAAUGAUCCGACAACUUCACCUGUUUCGUACUUAAAACCGUUAGAAAUGCUUGGAGAUAAACUCGAUGCAAGUGUUUAUUACAAUAAUGAUAGAAUUGCAUCUGCUUCCCUUCCGAUCCCAGGCAUCGUCAACCGAAAUAAUCAACGUGUUUGUUUGUACUUAGCUAUCAUUGAUAUACUUCAGACAUAUGAUUGUAUGAAAUCGAUGGAACAUUUAUUGAAGACAAUUACCGAUCCUAAUCGACGUCGCCAAUAUUCGGUGGUUGAUCCGAAUGAGUAUGAAAGACGAAUUAUGAAAUUUCUAUUUGAAACUGUCUUUAUCAAUGCUGGUGACAGUUUCCCGUGGCCUAUCAUUGACAUUAGCACAUCUGUCGCCGAUAAUGAAAGCACCGAACCAGAAGAAGACAACAAAGCUGCCCAGAAUCAAACGUCGACUGGCCAAAACAAAUCAGCAGUUCAACGUUUGAAUUCAACUCUGAAUAAUAUUUGGAGAUUUCGUUUCUAA